ACAACUUUCAAUGAGCAAUAUGAUUAUAUGUUAAAUAGAAUAAAAGAAAGUAAUCGAUUAAACAAGGAUGAAAAGGAUGCAGCGGAGGAAAAUAUAGCAUUCAUGAGAGAUCGUGAAAACCUCAUUCGUCUCAAGAAAAUUAAAUAUCCUUGCAAAUCGGGAAAGUGUAAUAAGUUAGGAUACACCGAAUUGUUUUGCGAACAUUGUGUACGCAAAUGUCUCGUGGAUAACUUUCCCAAUUGGACAUCAGGAAGUAAAAUUAUUGACGAUGCCAUCCGAGAUGCACAAAUAAACCUUCCUUUUCCCCGAUACAUCGUCGAAUGGAUACCUUAUGACGAUCUCGAUCACGCUAAAAUAAAUUAUAAAGCAAAAGGAGGGUUCGCAACAAUUUAUACUACUAUUUGGAAAAAAGGAGUUAUCAUGUCAUUUAAUAGCAAAAAACAAGAAUUUGAAAGAGGAGAACCGGGUAUUGUGAUUCUUAAAAACCUUUCGAACGGUAAAAAUACAGAUGAGAUGUUCCUUAAAGAGAUAGGAACUCAUAUUUCACUGACUUCAAAAGGCUAUACUGUUGCAACAUGUUAUGGAAUAACAAGAAAUCCUGUUACCG